AUGGAUUCUGAUGCUGUCGUGCUAGGCACGAUCACUUUUGAGGAGCUUCCGCUUCACGUCGAGUUUUACCAGUCGUUGCCGGCUUUGCGACCUUCGUCUAUCGAGGAGGACGAAGACGACCCACGAUCGCUGCUCUACCUGUUCGAGGACAACGACUUUGAACGAGCAGCUGCCUUUCUAGCCUUCGAGGAAGCACGUCAGCAGGCCCAAGUGGAAGCCGUAGCUGAAGCUCUCAUUGAGGCAGAGGUCGAGCGACAAAGGACACGAGCGCUGGCCGAUCGUCUCAGGCAGCUGCUGGAAGAGGAUGACGAGCUUGUCGACAUGCUAGGCAGGAGAGUUCUUGCGACAAAGGGCUACCAAAUGCCUGAUCUAUGGAAUCCUCAUCAGUAUCACCACCAUCAUUAUCACAGAAACGAUUCCUUCCGACCUGCGUCUGGCAGCGAUGCUGCGAGUCAGCUCGGUCGUGCUCCAUACACCGACAUCCAUGCAGCAUGGGAUGCGCCCGCCGAGCAGACAGCUAUGCCGACUUAUUCUCGAGCUAGCCCCUUUAUCCAUUCCGCUCCCGUCAUCGUACGUGGACAUGCUCCCUACCCGCCCAGAGCUGCUAAGCACAUCGCGACCCCAUCUCGAUCGCCGGUUACAUCCUCCAGCUCACGAGUAGAUAGCAAGGCGCCGACUCAAACUCAUACCAGAAUCGCGAUUCAUCCUCUCACGGGCGUUCCUAUGCUGCUUGUUGAACAAGACGUCGAGGGCGACGAGCACCCCUCGAGCCAAACUCACGCAACGACGCAAAUCGACACCGAGAACGAGACCGACGAUGAUACGGACGAGUGGCCCAUUGACGACGAAUCUGACCUGGACUGGCUCGGUCGCGAACUUCUGCGUCUUCGAGGUGGCGCUAAUGUGUGGGUGCUCGGCGCUGACCACGAUGUCGCGCCACUGUCGGCUACCCCAUCCUCAUCGAAGUCGGCCAGGACUGCUUUUUCUUCUGAUGCUGCUGCAGAGCUGGCAAAGCGACCUGAACCCGAGCCGGUCACACCCACCCUGCCAACACAGGUCGAAGAAGUCGACAGCGACUACGAGGCAUCUACCAUGGCACGAGCACUGGAGCCAGGUCUCGCCAGCCCAUCGCAACGCGUGGCUGCUGCACUAGCACAGGCGGCCUUGCACACGCCCAGCAGCGACUCCAAGUCAUCGGCGAGCCCGGCUGGACAGCGAACGAGGCAGCGUGCGGCCACCGUUAUGUCUGAAUCCGAGGAAGAGGAGCUCGAGACCGUCGGAAGACCUGUCGACGAGCAUGGCGAGGAGCAGGUGACCAGGGAAGCGGCAGGCAGUCUGGACGGUCGUCCACGAAAGACUGUCAAGGUUGUCGAUUUGCGCUAA